AUGCGGGAGGCAGGAGGCGGGGGGGAGGCUGAGUGGGAUGCUCUGUGGGUACAUGGGGGGCACCGGGGGCUGCUGGCAAGGCCUGGCACAAACCCUCGCUCCAUGGCUGACCCCGGCCCGCGCUCGCUGCUGUACGAGGGGCUCCUGCUUCUGGCCCUGGUGCACAGCGAGGAGAGCGUACUCCCGGCUGGCGCAGUCGGUGCCCUCCUGGGAGAGGGUGCCCUGGCUGGAGCAGACCACAGCAGCUGCGCUCCUGGAGAACAGUCCCUGUCCUCGGCUCAUCUCUUCCCACCUGCCCUGCUGCCUCUUCUCCACCUGCUUCCAUGGCUCCAACGCCAAGUGCUGUUCGGCUCCUGGUUCCAGCCCGUCAAGGGCUGGCUGGGCCUUAGGGACCGGCUCAACUUCCUCCUCCUGACCUGUGAGGAAAUGCAUCAGGACCUGCGGGGCAGCGUGGAGUGGAUCUGCCAGUUCCUGGGCAAGCAGCAGGACGCGCAGGCACUGGACGGGGUGGUGGAGAACGCCUCCUUCCAGGCCAUGAAUCAGAACAAGACGUGCAACUACGGCCUGGGCCUGGAGAACAUCAUGGAACAAUGGGUCAGCCCCUUCCUGAGAAAAGGGGUCCCUGGUGACUGGAAGGGGCACUUCAUGGUGGCGCAGAGCCAGGUGUUUGACUGGCUCUACCGGGAGCAGAUGCAGGAUGUAAGCGUCCGAUUCCCCUGGGAUGAGGCCUGAGGGGUUGCCAGCCCCCUCCACCAGACAGCUACAGUCUGUAGGGACCCCUAGAUCCGUGUGUGGGCACUUGAAUAGUCUGCAGAGCUGGGGCUAGAACCCAGGAAUCCUGGCUCCCCCCGCCCCCACCCGUGCCCUGCUUUAACCACUAGACCCCAACCCCUCUCCCAGAGCUGGGGAUGGAACCCAGGAGUCCUGGUUUCUGUUCCUGGCCUCUGUCACUCUACAGCCAUUUGGGUUCAUCAGCGUCUGUGCCUCAGUUUCCCUCUCUAUGGAAUGGGGACAACCCCCCCUUCCCAGGCCUUGGAUUAAUCCUGUAGCUGCUUGUCACUAACAACCCCAGCAGGAAAGUGUGCGGCUGCUGUGUGGGGAACCUGCCACCAGGGGGCGAAACCUCUCCAGAAAUGGAGGGGGGGGAAGGCUUUCCUUGGCAAAGGGCCCCGCUUAGAGGGGCUGGCUCUGAGGCCCCUUGGGGGUGCUGUGCCCCAUACAGAGGGUCUGUGCCAGGCCUUGCCAGGGGCACCCUUCCCCCAGCCCCAUAGCGCCCCCCGGUACCCAAAGAGCAUCCCACUCAGCCUGCCCCUCCCCACCUGCCUCAGCCCCCAGCACCUGCCCACACCCCUCCCCUUCCCAGCUCUGUAAGGAGUUGGGGGGAUUAGCUGGGGUCGGGGUGACGAACCCAACAUCCCUCCAUCUCCAGCAGGGGCUGCAGCCUGGAGUCCCCUUCCUCCAUCCAUGCCCCCGGAUCAGCCCCCUGGGCCCAUCUACCCCGGUAUCCCGCCUUCUGCCUCCCCCCGGAUCAGCUCCCUGGGCCCAUCUACCCCAGCAUCCCACCCCCUCACUGCCCCUGGAUCAGCCCCCCCGGCCCAUCUACCCCGAUACCCCCACUGUGACCCUUUCAGGUUCUCCAGGGGUACAGGGUGAAUCAGCAGUGCCAGGCCACCUUCUCUGUGCUCAAGGGGGGAAACGCGAGCCCCCACUCCGGGCCCCACCAGCCCAUCCCAGCAGGGGGCGCUGUGGUUUGCCUACCAGCCCUUAGCAUCCUGGCGCGGAUCCUUGGGGCAGAGCUAAAUCUGUGGAGAUAGUUACCCGUCCCCCAACCACCCCGAGGUCUGCUCUGUCCCUGGCUCUGCCCCUCCAGCCUGUCUGUGCCCAGCCCCUCAACUGCUGGGAGGGCCGCUUUGCACUCGGAUCGGCUGCCUCUGUGGGAGCUGGGCCCCCCUCUUAACCACCGUCCCCUCAGUCCAGCCCUCUGCUGAGCACUUGGGCUGGGGUCGUGUCUGCAGCAAAACCAAGAGUCAAACAGCUGGGAAAGAGAUACAAGAAAAUACAAAGCGUGGGGUAGGGUUUGCGUGUAUUCCUAGUUAAUAAGCAGGGUAGGGUCUGCACUUCUUCCCAGUUAAACUGGUGCUCCUAGAACCCAUAGUUAUUACCAGUUAAUGAACAGUCUGGAAGGUGUAGUAAUUACUAGUUAAUAAACGGGCAAGAGUCAUAAACACAGUCCGAGCCUGAAUUUAUUCCCCGUGUCCUUUCCUGGCCAAGAAGGUGUUUCUUCCCCGCUGGUCCCCCGGCCAGUGUUUGUCCCACUGGGAGAGCCUGGAUCCACUUCUCAUGAGAGGCUUACCCUGGCAGAGUGUCUUCUUCAUAACAGAGCCCAUCUGGGGGCCGGCGUCCCUCCCAUACGUGGUUCCCCCAUUUUUCUCUCUGGUUGCACAGAGGAUUUUGUUAAUUCACUUUGCCCCAAUGGGCCUCCCCACCCCCUACUCAAAGCCUUUCUCUCGGGCACCUUGUCUAGGGCAUCCACAUGUGGCUGGGCCGGGCCCCAGAUGUCCUUACUCCUGGGUGAGUUAGCACACAGGGCCACACUCCCCUCCCAGAGCUGGGUGAGAACCCAGGAGUCCUGGCUCCCAGCACUCCACUCCCCACAGCCACUAAACCCCCCCUCCUCUUCCAGAGCCAAAAAAGAACCCAGGAGUCCUGGUUGGAUGGUGGGGGUGUCACCAAAUGUGUCCAGUGCCUGAAUCCCAGCACCAACCCCCUCAUUCUUCAGUG